CGAACUCUCCCGCCAGUGGCCGGGCCCGUCAGUGUCUCUCGCGUUCUCGCACAGGAAACAGCUCUCGGCUCCGUUCGCGUCGCGUCCUCACCGCCGACGACGUACUCUCCUUCUUCCCAGAGUCGAAGGAGUUUCCUUCGGGACCACCGCGCGUGAAAUUUCCUGGGAUAGUGAUCUAGCAAGCGAUAAUCCUCGAGGGGAGCGAGGGAAUCCGACUAAAUGAGACUUUUCCACGGUUGAACCUACGACACCUCUCUCCCACCUUCCUUCGUCCCCGAUUUUCCUUCCCCUUUUCCCAAUUUCGGAAUUCGGAUCGAGACGAAUGGAAAUGGGGCCUGGAUACCGGCGGCUGCUGCUUCUCUGCUGGAUAUGUGUCCUCGGCGCCGCGAAAGCGAACGUUCAGAGCAAGGUGAGAUGUUCGGAACAAUGGAUGGAGGUGGACAUCGUGAGGAGCAGCCCGCAGGCGAGGAUAUACCUGCAACAGAUGAAGGAUUUCCCAGACGAGGCUUGCAAGCCUAAGCUGAGCAACGGCGUCGCCACGUUCCGAUUACCGCUCCUCGAACAGGACAUGCUGCGAUGCGGUAUCACGAGGGUCGUUAACAAACUCACGGGUCAGAAGGUGUACUUUCAUCGGAUAAUAGUGGAGGAGCCCGCGGACUCCAGCAAACACACGUUCACCGUCAAGUGCGUUAUCACCGAGGUCGUUGUGAAACCUGGAAUCUCGAUCGCGGCCAAUCACACCGCGGUUCGACGCAGCGUGCUCCCGGCUGGUUUUCAAGAGCCCGACGUGAUCGACAUCAGGGGCGAGAUAUCGGAAUCGGCACCGGUACCGAUAUUAGGAGUCGGGGUGAGACAGGGUGGAAACCUCGUCACCGGUGAGCUGAACGUCAGCCCGGGGACGCCGCUGCAGAUGGAGAUCUUCCUGGACAACGGCUCGGCGCCGGUUUACGGAUUGCUGGUCACUUACAUGUUGGUCACGGACACCAAGUCGCAGGAAGAGACGAUCAUUAUCAAUGGCUGUUCCGUGGACCCGUACCUGUUCGAGAACUUCAACACCGUCGACGGGGAUUUCCUGACGGCGAAGUUCCGAGCGUUCAAGUUCCCGGAAAGCACUUACGUUCAGUUUCGCGGUACCGUUAACGUCUGCCUGGACAAGUGCCAAGGGAUCGAGUGCAGCAACGGCCAGGUAGGAUUCGGUAGGAAGAGGAGAGCCAUCGACGUCUCGAACAGCGACAAGAACAAGCUCUUCGAGGUGACCAUGUCCGCGUUGAUCAAGGUCGACUUUGAAGAAGACGCAGUGGUCGACAAAGCUCUGUCGGAGUUGUACAUCAGAAGAGGAAAGAACAGGACGAAAGCCAGGGCGGUGAUCGCCGAAGAAGUGCGAGAGCAACCCUCCCCCACGACGAUCAGAACAGAGGAGAAGGCCUUCAUAGCGCAAGAGGUCAAGGAACAGUUCAAGUACAAGCUCACCGAAACGGAGACGAGCGACUCGCCGUGUAGAACAGUAGCUUUGCCGUUCGUUCUCGUUCUCCUCUGUUUUUGUAAACUCUUAUAGGUUUCGAUCAGAGGCCCAUUUAAUGUAAAUAGGAAGCUUGAGGACCGGAUGUCGACAGAAUUCUUCCUCUUCGAGGAACUAUUCUGUGCGUCCACGUCGUGUGAUAUCGAAUCGAAUUGUCCUGCGACGACGGCAAUAACCGGAAGCGUCAGCUUUGAUACUUUCAGUUUAAUUAGCUCGCCGCAAGUUUCUCCGUUCUGCGACCGUCGAAUUUUCACGUUUAAUCGCAAUUGUACGAUGUGACACAGCUAAUGCACAUGCGGAAAAUCGGCCUUUGCGAGCGGAGAACGUCGAGGACCUAGUCGCUUCACGGAGACGCAACAACGCUGUGCGACUUUGACGCAAGUUACGAGGUAAUUAAUCGCUGCUCAUAAUCUCAAACAUAUUGUAGUUAUAACGGAACGCGCGAGUGUAAAAUAACUCUUAAUGAAGCGAGAGGACACGCUCAUUACUCCGCCUCCGUGCUCCGCGGAUGUGUCCCCUAUUUUCUGAACGAGGAAGGAGGCAAGGUUAAUAAAGAACACGCGUAGAAACGUAAAAAAUAUGCAUUGUGUAUUUGGAAUGUCUAGCAAUCAUGUACACGUGACAACGCCAUAUAAAAAAUAUACACCUUUCGCUUAAAAAUUAA